AUGAAUCCUAUUGAGCAUGUGUGGAGCAGGAUGGAACUGAAGAUGAAAGAGAGGGAAGGACGCAUAGAAAAUUUGGAUAAAUUGGUAAAUGCUAUUCAGGAAGAAUGGGAUACCCCAGGAAUUUAUAAAGAACUUGGUCGAGGCCCAGGAGGGUUAACGAAUUAUUACGGGUUAGGGGAGGACCAACAAAAUAUUGAAACACGAAGUGGCAGAACGCAGAAGCAUAAGAAAUAUCUACUGCACAAUCCAUCAAAUCAACUUCUAUAUGAAACAACACAGAUCACACCCAUCUUGGAACGGUUCAAAGAGCUGGCAGGACAAUUUGCAAAAAAAGUCCCACAACAUACAAUUGCGGAGCAUCCGUGCAAAACCGGCUAUAUCUACUUUAAUAAAAUAAUGGGAAAAUGGCAAAAACUCUCGGUUUCCUGGCCUUUACAGAUAAAAGAAAAAGCAAACUUGAGUUUUGUGGGCUUUGUGGAAAAAGCUGGACAGCGUAUAAGGGACGCAGCUGCAAAGGCCCUUCCUAUAGUAACUGGUUAUGCUGGAGUAAUAGGCAGAUAAAUAAAUAAAUAACAUUCUGUCAAAUUUUUAAAUCAUUAUUUUUUGUAAUAAUUUUGACCUUAAUAUCCUUUUAUUUAUAACUUUUUGUGUUUAAAUUAUAAAAAUACAGUAUUACUAAUAGUAAUUUAC